AUGCUUCUUUCGAAUCCAAAAAUUGAUUAUACAUCAGUUCGUCGUACAGCAAACGUUAAACUGAGCGAGCAAACACAAGAGCCAACAUCAGCAAAUACCAUGUCUACUUCAACAUCACUACAAGAUAUCAGUUCACAUCAUGCGCAAAAAUUUACUUGGAACAAUAACAAUAAUGACCAUGAUAAUAAAAACAACGAUAAUAAAGAUCAGCCAUUAGCUCACUUUUAUGAAAGAUUACUGUCAUCGAAUAGUGACCGACAAUUAAACUCAUCGAAAAGUGAUGAACUUAUUUUUGAGCAUCCUGAAAUAACUAUAAAACCGUCAGCACUUGGCGAUGAAAUUCAAAGACGUUUAUUAACAAUGAAAAGUUCAAAUACAAAUGAAAAUCUUGUUGAACGUAGUGGAGGAAAAAGUAUACCUAACAUAUUAGAACAUCCGGAUAUGCGUUCACCUGUUGUCAUGCAAUACCCCCAAAUAUCUUUAUCGUCAUCAUCAUCAUCAGUUCUGUUAGUCAAUAAUAAUUGUAAAAAACUUAAUCGAACACAAUCAGUUGAUAAUUCUGUAAAUCCAGUUCGAACACCUUCACCUAAUAUUCAUAUCGAACUUUUUAAUGAUAAUACUCAAAAGUCAAGUCGGUCUCUUUCAUCUAAUCCAUUUAUUGGUGGUACUUUUGAAAGUCUGGAACAAGAAAAGAAUCAAGAUCUUUAUUCAUCAUCAUCGAUAACAACGGAUCCUAUUCGUGAAUAUUCAAAAUCGAGCUCAAAAUCGGAUAUAAAUGCAAUUCAACCGGCAAAAAAGGACUCUUGGUAA